AUUGACAAUUUUUACAACAGUCUUGCCUUGUGCCUUUAUUUGCAGCCACGUAGUAUUUAUGUUUGUGGUACUGUUCGCUCCAACAGAAAAGGGUUUCCACCAGCUUUGAAAAAUCUCAAAGCAUCGACGAUGGGACCACGAGGCAGCUUUGAACAUAGGAGUUAUCAUGGCAUUGUUGCCCUUAGCUGGAAAGACAACAAAUUAGUCCAUUUCUUGUCCUCCAUUCAUUCUCCAGAUCAAGUAACUACACUUCAGCGAAACCAAAGACGACGGGGUGGUGGAUAUGAUUUGGUUGAUGUACAAGCGCAUUCCAUGAUAGAGGACUAUAAUUCUAACAUGGGUGGAGUAGAUAGUAAUGAUCAACUCACAAUUGUUAUGAAGAAUAGGAGGCAAAUGCGCUGGUACAUGCGACUAGUUAUGAAAUUCCUUGAGGCUGUGGCUUUUAACUCCUACGUCAYUGAAGGGUUUUUUGUAGAUCAUACCCCCCCUGGAAAGAGAAAGAGAUCCUUUGCAACCUUUAGAGAGGAGUUAAUACUGCAGCUGGUUGGGAAUUGGAGGAUGCAAAGGUUGAGACCUGGAAGGAAAAGGCAGGCAAACCCCUUCAGACUUGACAAUGUUGGAGACCAUCUUCCUGUCAAGGGUAUUGGCUGUGACCACACCUGUCAAGUCUGCACUGAGAGAAGGCGCCGGUACAUGGCUUCUCACCCAGAUGUCCCARAGAGAGAGGUUYCUCAUAAAUUAACCAAGACAACAUUCAUGUGUGACUGCUGUAAAGUGUAUUUGUGCAUCAGCAGGGAACUCAACUGUUUCAGAGUAUGGCAUACCAAGGUAGAAUAUUGGAAAGAGUAA